AUGGCAUAUGAAAUAAGUGGAAUGUUCGCUCAACAGCAACAUCAACAUCAUAAUAUCUGGUCCUCAGGCGGUGUUCAAGCAUAUGGAGGUUCAUCAGGAUUGAUGCCGACGAUGAGCAGCCUGCUGGGCGGCAGUGCGUCAUAUAUGGCAAACCACAAUCAGUUAGAACUACACACACCGAAAGCUGAAUCGAUACAAGGAUAUGGACAGCUCACUUGGCUAUCCGGCAAAGCUGGUCUGAUAACAUGCAAGAAUAAGAUGGUCAUAUCGUUCCAGAUAAAGGACUUUUGCGAUCAGGUAUUCACAGAUACUGUUCAUUACGAGGGGGGAUCACUUAUCCGACUGCAAAAAAACACUGAUAUCCAUGAAAUUCUUAAGAUGCUCACGGACCUCACAUCUGUGCUCCGUGUUGGCUUUACACUGUCAUUCCAAGCGUCUCUCAAUGAAACCAACGAAUACACUGCCACAUUAGUUCAUCCAUUAUAUGGACCAGAAGCAGAGCAAGUGUUUCUCAAUGCACCUGAAGUAGAUCUGGAAAAAGCAUGUCCUACUCCACCGAAUUCUAAGGACGCGUAUUCACCAGUGAUUGAAGCUAGAGCAGUUCCAGCUCUGUUGGCCAUCUUUCAGCGUCACGCUCUUACACAAAUUCAACUCAGCAGGUGGGUAUUUGCCUAG